AUGGCUUCUUCUGGUUUUAGCGUUUAUGUUGGUAACAUUCCGUAUAACACCACGGAGACUGAUCUUGGAAAUAUGUUCUCGUCUUGUGGCGUUGUGACUAACGUUCGCAUUGUCAUCGACCGUAACACCAAUCGUCCAAAAGGCUUCGGCUUUUGCGAGUUUCAGGACCAACAGGGGGCGGAUGACGCUGUUGCCAAAAUGAAUGGAACUGAGAUGAAUGGCCGUCCGUUACGCGUUAGUUAUGCCAACAACAAGUGA